CUCUCCUUUCGUCCCCAUGAACUGACCCCGUGACCGAAUCGCGCGACCGCCACCGCUUCAGGGGGAUGGAACACUCCGGGUUCUCCUGUUCCUGAUCCACCACAAUAAGAUGUGCUUAUUUUAUUAUUUCUUCAUUCAAAACCAAAAUUAAAAUCUUAUUUCCUAUUUUUAUUUUGUGUGUGAUUUUCAAGUGUUUUUUAAUCAGGGAAAUCCGGGAAAUCUAACCGGCAUACAGUGGGGUAAAAAAAGUUUCUAUGGACAAAUCAAUUUUUGGCCUUCACCAUUCAUUCGAUUUGAAGUCCAGUCAACACUCACUAACAUGCCCCCGAGAUACUUUUGCUGAAAAGUUGGUUCCAUUGCCUUUCUAAAAUAAGACAAAGGGUGACUCACAAAGAUAAAAAAAAAGUUGGAAAUGACAAUAAAAUCAAAAUGAAUUAAUAUAUACAAACCUCUGACAAUAGCUAAACGAAGGUCCAGUAUUCUUAAGACAAGAGAGAAUAUUGAAUUGAAUCAGAAGAUAAUAAGGAAAAAGACAAUGAUGAUAUUAGAGGAAAUUAUUGAAAAUCAAUGAGGACCAAUGAAAAUUUAUCCAACAGAGUUGAUGGAAUUUCGAUUUAAAAUAAUGGAGUUUUCAUCAUUCUGCGGAUGCUGUGAAGAUUAUUCCAAAGAGUACAGUGGUCAAGAUCCAGGUGUGGAGAAGGAAGAAAAAAAAGAAAAAAUUCGGCAUUGAAGAAAGAAAUAAAAAAAGUCGAGGUUGAAGAAAAGGAGAGAUGUCACUUCAUCACAAGUAUUACGUAACAACAGUACCAGACGAGGGUGAGGACAGUUUUAGAGUGCCCAAGGCGUCGGUGGUAUACAUGGCGUCGACUGCUACUAGACCACAGGCCAUGUCACAAGUUCUGGCAUCCUUGGCUCUAUCAAUGGGAACUCUGUCGUCAGGAUUAUCAAAGGGCUAUACAUCACCGGCUUUAGAUUCCAUUCUAGACAAACAACAGUCUCACCUUUAUCAAUCAACACGCAAUGAUACCUGGUCAGAAUUCCGAGUCUCUCCACAAGAAGCCUCAUGGGUUGCGUCACUAUCGAUGUUGGGAGCUUGGUUUGGGGCUAUGAUCGGAGACUGGUUAAUGAGAAGAGGACGCAGACUAGCUCUUCGAAUGACAUCUUUACCCCUCGUCGCCUGCUGGAUUCUUACCGGGGUUGCCCCUUGUGUCGAGCUAAUUUACACUGCCAGCUUUGUGGGGGGACUGUGUUGCUCAAUUAUCACGAUGGUUGCACAGGUCUACAUCUCUGAGAUUUCUCUCCCAGGUAUAAGAGGUUGUUUAUCAGCAAUAUUAAAAGUACUUGGUCACGUGGGAGUGCUGCUGUCGUACAUCGCGGGCUCUUACUUAAACUGGAGGCAAAGUGCAAUGUUGGUGGCUAUUGCACCCUCAAUGCUCUUCCUGGGUACGCUCUUCAUUCCAGAAACGCCCUCCUAUCUUGUUUUAAACGGUAAGGAUGAAGAAGCUGCGAGCAGCUUGCAAUGGCUCCGUGGACCACACGUUGAUAUCGGCCAAGAAUUACAGGUUAUCAAAACGAACAUCUUAGCUUCAAGGGCCAAGCAAUACGAACUCUCUUUCAGAAACAGUGUCCUCACACCCAGACUCUACAAACCCAUAGGCAUCACUUGUGGACUCAUGUUCUUCCAAAGAUUUUCUGGGGCUAAUGCCUUUAACUACUACGCUGUUAUUAUUUUCCGUCAAACACUGGGUGGCAUGAAUCCUCACGGAGCGACUAUUGCUAUCGGAUUUGUGCAACUGCUAGCAUCUAUGUUGUCAGGAUUUCUUAUAGACAUCGUCGGGAGAUUACCACUGUUGAUAGCAAGUACAGUCUUCAUGUCCUUGGCCCUGGCGGGAUUUGGUAGCUAUGCUUACUACAACUCCAUGCAACAAAAUCAAAAUCUGGCAUAUCCGGAUCCAAGCAUGAUUGGACAACACGAUUGGAUACCUUUGUUGUGCGUGCUCGUGUUCACAACCGCUCUGGCACUGGGCAUAUCGCCAAUUUCAUGGCUAUUGAUUGGUGAGCUUUUCCCUCUGGAGUACAGAGGACUCGGUUCAAGCAUCAGUACAAGCUUUAGCUACUUUUGCGCCUUCCUUGGCAUCAAGCUCUUCAUGGACUUUCAGCAGGUCCUGGGAUUGCACGGUGCUUUUUGGUUCUACGCGGCAGUGGCUGUAUGUGGUUUAUGUUUUGUGGUGUGCUGCGUGCCAGAAACGAAAGGAAAACAGCUGGACGAGAUGAAUCCCGAUUACGCCCAAGCUCGGUAGUAUAAGGCCUCCCUCACAGGAGG